AUGAAACCGGUGACUGCUGGGGCAUUAGUGUUUUUCGGCUGCUGCUUUAACAUCUACUUCCUGGAGCUUUUGGUCAAGCAGGACCCUGGCGCUGGCGUUUUGGCCACGUUUUCUCAAUACAUUUUUAUCACUCUUCACGGCAUUAUUUUCACUGUCAGAUGUGGCACGGUAACGCCGCAAAUCCCGGUGUCUCACUACGCGGCGAUUGUGAUACUCGUCUUCGCGUCUAAUGUGUGCAACAACUACGCGUUCAACUUUAACAUCUCGAUGCCGCUGCACGUGAUCAUCAGGUCGGGCUCCCUGAUCGCCAACAUGAUCCUGGGCAUGGUCAUCCUGCAGAGGCACUACUCGGGCGUCAAGGUGGCGUCCGUGCUGGCCAUCACGCUCGGCGUCGUCGUUUGCACCCUCGAGUCGGGCAAGGCGGUCAAGACGGAAGAUGCCACCGCCGACGAGAAGAACGUCGAUUUUCUGAGGUGGCUAUUCGGUGUCUCUAUACUUUUGGCUGGACUUUUCCUCUCCGCCAGACUGGGCAUUUACCAGGAGGUUCUCUUCAACACGCACGGCAAGCACAACGAAGAAGCGCUGUUCUACACACAUUUACUGCCUCUGCCAGGCUUCUUGAUCGUGUUUCCCCACCUCUGGACGCACUGGCUGCUGGCCCUCGAGAGUCCACCGUUGGUGGUCUCGUGGCUUUCAGUGCCGAGUGCGCUGAUCUACCUGUUGGGCUACAUGCUGACUCAGUUCGUGUGCAUCAGUUCGGUGUUCGUGCUGACGACCGAGUGCUCCUCCCUGACUGUCACCCUCGUGCUCACCAUCAGGAGGUUUCUCAGCCUCGUGUUCUCCAUCCUCUACUUUAAUAAUUCGUUCACGCAACUCCACUGGAUUGGCGCCUUUUUUGUCUUUGCAGGCACGCUUGGAUUUUCUUUGACUUAAUAUUUUCAUUUUGACAUAAUAAGAAUUACUUUUUAGACUUGUUUAAAUUCUGUAUGUUACCGUUACUUAGCCGUUCGUGAACAGGAAAAUGAUAAAACCUUGUUGAUAUAAAUCUGUCUCACUGUGUUACGUUUAAUGUAGUAAAUUAGACACAAG